UACAUUAGAGGGAAAAGAGUUCCAGAGGUGUGGAGAAAAUGUAGAAAAUACUUGAUCGUCGAAGCUACUAAAGGUUUUAUGUUGGAGGCAGAACCUCUUCCUGGAGGCGGAGUAAAAAGCUAUUGCUCUCAACUAAGAAUUCGAACUGUUCGUCGGGAAUGUUAUGGCUGCAACGGUUUGGUCAGGCUGCUCUCAGAAAACGCGUUUCAUUGUUGGGACAUGGUUAAGGCCCAUACACAGCAGCGCCCUUAAAUCAGAAUAUGACGCAGUUAUUAUUGGUGGAGGUCACAAUGGACUUAUCGCUUCAGCCUACCUGCAGAAGGGAGGCCUAAAAACAGCAGUUCUAGAACGCAGGCAUGUGCUUGGUGGAGCUGCUGUAUCUGAAGAGAUUUUUCCAGGAUUCCGUUUUUCCCGGGCUUCCUAUCUGCUCAGUUUGCUGCGUCCUCACAUUUAUCAGAAUCUUGAGCUCAAGAAACAUGGCCUGAAGGUAUACACAAGAGACCCCCAUGCCUUCACCCCCAUGCGGGAAGAUUUGGGUGGCAGAAAGCCCCCUCGCUCCCUUUUGCUAGGAUCUGAUAUGGCAAAGAAUCAGCAGGAGAUAGGAAAAUUCUCAGAAAGGGAUGCCAAGGCUUUUCCUGAUUAUGUUACACAUUUGGAGAAGCUUGCCUGUGCUGUGCAGCCACUGUUGGACGCACCUCCAGUUGACAUCCCAGGCAUAACCCAGGGAUCACUGAGGAAGAGAAUCACAGCACUGAAGAGUCUAAAACCAUUGAUUAAAUUUGGGUUGAAAUUGGGAAAAAAUGCACCAGACUUUUAUGAACUUAUAACAUCUCCGAGUAUCAAGGUACUGAAUCGCUGGUUUGAGUCUGAGCCACUGCGGGCAACAUUAGCCACUGACUCUGUGAUAGGAGCUAAUAUAAGUCCUAGUCAUCUGGGUAGUGGGUAUGUCCUCCUGCACCAUGUAAUGGGAGAGGUGGAACAGGAAAGAGGAGCCUGGGGUUAUGUGGAGGGAGGCAUGGGUGGUGUUUCUCAAGCCAUUGCAAGUUCUGCACGCUCCCUUGGUGCAGAUAUCUUCACUGAACAGGAAGUUGGACAAGUUCUGAUUGGACCAGAUCGCUCUACUAUAGGUGUUGUCCUGAAAGAUGGUACUGAAGUUCGCAGUAAAGUGGUCUUGUCCAAUGCUACUCCUCAUGUAACCUUCAAAGAACUUACACCACAGGAUGCGCUGCCUCAGAAGUUUAUUACUGCUAUAAAUCAUAUUGACUAUACCUCCCCUGUCACCAAGAUUAAUGUGGCUGUGGACAAACUACCAAACUUCUUGGCUGCUCCUAAUACCGCUGAUGGAAAGCCUGGUCCACAUCAUCAGUGUUCCAUUCACCUGAAUUGUGAGAAUUUGGAUGUACUAGAGACAGCAUAUAGUGAGGGUCAACAAGGACAUCCAUCCUCAAGACCUAUGAUAGAAAUGACCAUACCAUCUGUGCUGGAUCCUACUCUAGCCCCCCCUGGCUGUCACGUGGUCUCCUUGUUCACACAGUUUACCCCUUACUGGCUGGAAGGGGGACGUGCAUGGACAGAUGAGGACAGGGAGAAUUUCGCAAACUCAGUGUUUGACUCGGCUGAAUCUUAUGCACCUGGAUUUAAAGAGUCAAUAGUUGGCAAGGAUAUCCUGGUCCCUCCUGACCUGGAGAGAGUAUUUGGUCUCACAGGAGGGAAUAUAUUCCAUGGUACAAUGUCAUUGGAUCAGCUAUACCUAGCAAGACCUUUGCCCUCCAUCGCAAACUACUGUUCACCAGUCAAAGGGCUAUACAUGUGUGGCAGUGGCAGUCAUCCAGGUGGGGGAGUUAUGGGCUCUGCUGGCUGGAACGCUGCCAUGACUGUCCUGGCUGACCUUAAGCGACGAUGAAAUGGCAGCUGUUGAGUACAGUGUCUGAUAACCAUAGGGUUCUACACAACAGAGGACAUCUAACUCUCUGAGAAAAUAUAAAUGGUUCUAGCUGCCUCUGGACCUAAAUGGUUUUAGCUCUCUGAGGACAUAAAUGGUUCUAACUACAUGGGGACCUAAAGGGCUCUAGCUAUCUGGUAACCUAAACACUCAAAUUAAAUUAAAGAUGAAAGAAAUAUUUUCAGUCUUUCCAGGAUAGUACAGCGAGUAAUGCAUAACACUUAACGACAUGGAUUAGCUGCAAAUUUAUUAAGCACUAUCAAUACUAUCAAAAGAAUGCUACAUUAUAUUAGAAAAAAACCCUUUAACCUAAAUGAUCAUUUAAUUUUGAUAAAAAGAAAUAAAGGAAUUGCUUGCAGAUUUAAAUGAGUAGUUAAAUAACUGGUGUUAUCUGAAUAUUUUAAACCUAAUAAUUUUUUUUUUAAAUAAGUUCAUUUAUGGACCCUUAUACCCACAUUUAGAUUGUUUGAGACUUGCUUUUUUUUCAUUGCUAUAAUGGUAUAGGCUAUUGAAUAAUUCAAUAAUACAAAUAAAUAAAUCUCCAAACAUA